GUCAAAAUGACAGUUAUCAAAACUCAAGAAGGCAGUGAAGUGCAGGAGUGCAUUGAAUGUAGCAUAAUAUUUUUAGAUGUAGAAAGUAGGUGUCUGCUACUUAUUUAUUUUAAAAAUCGUGCACGGAACAGGUUAGGAUAGUACGAUUUAAUAUGCAGAACAACCCCCAGCAGCUUUCAUGGCAGGCGAUACAGGCUAUUGUCGGGGUUAAACUUCCGUCGAAUGUAUUAAGGUUUGAUGAUAUUGGUUUUCAUCUAGUGAAUAAUUCUGCCUCCAGUGCAGAGGAUUCCGAUUCAGAUGUCGAAAUUAUUGAAAAUGAAUGGGAAUCAGACAAUAACGUAUCCUCGAAACCUGAAAAUUCUGAUAAUGAAAAAAUGUCGCCUGAUAGGGUUGAAAGCGAGUCACCUAUCUUACAUCUUAUAGAGACGGAUAAUAAUAAUUCAGGGAAAGAACUGAUUAAUUAUAGAGACUUUUUAGUCAAAAUGGAUGCCAAAGAUAUUAUGGAAAGUGAUAUACCACAGACUCAAAAUGAAGAUGCAGAUAGUUCCAAUGGGAAUGUAAUGUCAAUAGAAAAUUAUUUAGAAGUGACCUUGUCUACAGACUCCGAGGCUAGUCAUACUUGUAGCCAGUGUAAUCAGAUGUUUACCAGUGAACAGCUCCUCACUUCACACAACUGCUCUGCUAAACCAACUGAAGAAAAGAGAUACCCAUGUCAUGUGUGCUCUGAAAAGUUACCAAGUUACUGGGAAUUACGGAAACAUUUAAAUAACCACUUCCCUGGUAUGUUGGAUUCCAAGUCAAGUUUUUGUCACUUGUGCCAAAAGGAUUAUACCAAAACUGGUUUUAUGAACCACUUAAGAAAGCACACUGGUGAGCGCCCAUUUGUUUGUGAGUUAUGUCACAAGGCAUUUUCCCAAUCCAGUUCUCUAUCAAUUCACAUGAAGUUCCACUUGAAUGUCAGGAAACAUGCCUGUACUGUUUGUGAAAAGAAAUUUGUUACCAAAAGUGAACUUUCUCGACAUAUGACUGUUCACACUAAACAGAAAUCUUACUACUGUGGUGUUUGUGAUAAGGCAUUCACAAGGUCAGACAACAUGAAGAAGCAUGAGAAAACUCAUGGGUGAUUAGUAAAAUUAUAUUGUGAUCAGCAUUUUUUGUAUGCAGGUUAACUAUAGAGCUGUGCUUAAUAUUGCCUUAGAUUAUUGCAGGAUGCUUUCAUGAUCAUCUCUUAGAUUCUCCCAUUGCCAAAAAUUUAGUCAUAAAUAUUAUGUGAAUGAUAUAUUGAAUUAUACCAAAUUGAAUGUUUUCACUACCUAGUUCAUGUAUUAGUCAUAUCGUGUGUUAUUGUGAGUGUUUUUACUCUUUCGGUGUGUUGCUGUAACUGCUUUUGUGUUUAGGUUUUAUUUAUGGAUAUAUUAUGUGUGUUUUGGAUAUAAUUAAGUGUAAUUGUUAGCCUUUUCAGGUGCUCUAUUAGUUCACAUAUCUUGACACAAUGUUGCCUAUUUUAGAUAUGAUAGUGAUAUUUUUACUAAUGGAUAUAGGUCAAAUGUCCAAAGAUUCAGAUAGCCAAGCUGUAAUGUUUGUAAUGAUAAUAGAAUUAUUAGGAGUAAUAAUUUAACGGAGGCCUUCUAUAAUAAUAUGUCACAAAUUCUAACUUAUUGUUCCUGCUUUUCUAGAAAGCUUUAUAUCAAUAUAUUUUUUAUAACUUUACAUGAAAGCAUUAUAAUGCUUGUAGAGUAUACAUAACUAUACCAAAUUUUAGAUAAGAUUUUCUAAUAAUUGUACUGUGCUGAAACCAAAGCAAUAAUACUAACUACUGUGCCUAUUUCUAUACAUUUAAUGUUAAGGACUUUUCAUACCAAAUAUUAUAAUAUUGUAGAGGUUAGAUAUUUUAAUAAUUAGUGACAAUAUAAUAUAUAUAUAUAUACAAAAUAAUUUCUGACAAUAUGCCCCUAGUAUUUCAAAGUUUUACUAAGAGUAACAACCAUUAAAGUAUAUAAUAUAAUUAUGUCAAUCAAACAAAUUUAUAAUAAAAAAAUAAUGAUUUUUGAGGUGAAUUUACUUUGUAUAAGGGAUCGAUUGACUUAUCAAUUGUAUAUGACAUUUUUAUAUAUUUCCCGCUUAAAUGGUCUCAUUCUUUAGCCAUUAUGAUCAAUUAGAUUAGUUUAUUUUAGUAUUAAGUAUAUAAAGUUGAACAAGCAUCACAACAUUGUAACAGUGAAAAUAAUAUUUUUAGUUAAUGUAAUACACUUUUUAAUAUAUUUUAAUAAUGUAUAGUAAAAUAUUUAUGAUAUCUUAGAGAAAUGCUUAUCCCAAAGAUUGGCUUCGGAACCAAAGCUUUUUUAAUCUUCAUUUGUGCCACUUGGAAUUUUCUUAAACUGGUUGUUAUACCAUAAUGGAUGAUUAUAUUUAGUGUUAAGAAAAAAAAUACAUGUUAUUUCAAUUAUUUAUUGAUAAUAUUGCAAUUUGGGUACACAGUCGAUUAAGUAGAGUUAAGGUUGAGCCAAAUUAUAAUUAAACACAAAAUCUACAAGACUGACAAUAAUAUUCAGAGUAGAUAUUAACUUCAGCACAAAGUAACUUUAUUUAUUGAUGCCUUUUUAAUAUUUAAAAUGCACCUUGUUAUAAACUCAACAUGACAAUUAGAUUAACAAUUUUAUGGAAAUUUGUAAUUAUCGAUUUUAUUAAAGAGUUGUUUGUUGCAA